GGCCCCAAAGCACAAUCCCUCCCAAAGCACAUUCUCACUCACAACACUCCAUGAAUCAUCAAUGCGAGCUACGUCUACGGAUGUGAGUAUGGCGAUCACCUGAGAGGGGGGAGAGCACACAAACGAAAGAGCCCGUGAGUAUCCAUGGAUGGGUGCACAGCGGCGUGGCCAUGCACUCACUGGUUGCUGGUUUGGUUGUUGGUGUCAGGGUCGUUCUGGUCGCCCUGGUCCAGCCCCGCAUUAUACGCUGCGAUCAUGCCCUGCUGCAUGUUUUCCAGGGCCGUGGAGAGCCCUGGCAUGAACGCGCUCAGCAGGCGCCCUGGGAAGCCAGCAGCAGCAGGGGGGGGGCCACCACCAGCAGCAGGGCCAGCUGCCUGCCCAGCGGCAGCGGCAGCAGCAGCCGCAACACUCUCUGCAGACAUACAGACAUCCAUGGAUUCAUUCAUGUGUGUGAGGAAGGAGACGUAAAGUGUGUCCGUGUAUGUGUGUGUAUGUGUGUGGUGGUCGAGACGCCACGCCACGCCAUGCGACUCACGGCUAUUGGUCUCUGCACCAUGAAAAGAAAGAAAAGAGCAAAGAUGAGAUGCAGCCUGAGCGUCCAUCCAUCCAUCCAUCCAUCCAUCCAUGUGAACGUACCGAGAUCCUUGAGUUCUAUCUGGUCGUCCUGUUCCACGACAACACACACACCACGACGCACCGCAUUCGAUCGUACAUAAUGGGUGUUUGAAUGUGUGGCUCUAUCUGUGUCGCGCACCUUGGGUCUGUUGUCGUUUCUGUCCUUGAUGGCCUGGCGGAACUCGUCCACGGGAUUCUGUGGCCCUCCCUGCACCAACACCACACCACACCACACCAGCCUCUCUCUCUGUGUCCAGCUGUGUGUCUGUGUAUGUGGCCUAGGUACGAGCGGUUUGAGGUCUACGUCCAGGAAUUCGUCAUCCUCCUCCCCAUCAUCGUCGGUCUGGGUGAAGUGCAGUCUGACCAAACGCGUCGAUCUGAUUAAAGACAGAAGGAGGGGGGGACACAGACACAAGUGGACGGCUUCCCACCCUACCCAGAAGGUCUGUUACAGACCUACCUGUUGAACUCCACCAGUUUGAGUUUAUCGAAGAGGAUGCGCUGCUUGAACUUGGACGACACUACACACACAGACAGACAAGAGAUGGCUGCACGUGUCUCUACGUGUCAAUUUCUGGCAUACCGAAGUCGAUGCGCGAAUCCGAAAACUCAACACGACCCUGACCGACACAGACAGACAAAGCCAGCCGAUGCACCACACCCACACUGAUACGAACCAGCCCCAGCCACGCCACGAUACACGCAAGGCCUUCUCACCUCCACCCUCUCGGCCAUCCCCGGGGGAAGAACCUCAGCCUCUAGCUUGGGAUUGCUGCAUGGGUCAACAGACGACAAGAGUGUCACUCAGCUGCACAGGCAACCUGCCCGCAUACCCCCGCCAUCUCACCUGAAACUCACUGCAUACCCCCGCCAUCUCACCUGAAACUCACUGCAUCACACACACACACACACACAUAUACACACACACAUGGAUGGUGUACAGAAAGAUCGCCAUGUGUCUUCUGGCGCACGUAGCUCUUACGUGGCGCGACGUAGGUGGAGGGAAGGAACGGCCCACCUGACACGAGAGCAGAGGAAACGUGUGUGUGUCGGUCUGGACAUGUGUGCAAUGACUACUACCCAUGUCGAUGCUGGAGUUGCGAUACGAGGAGGGUGAACUGGAACCUGACACAAUAAAAUCACACACACACACACACAUUCACAAGUGUGAGAAGUCAUCUCGUCUGCAUGCCAUCCGUAAGCUCACGUAGCAUGUCGGCCGUGGAGUUGCACUGGAAGCUGCUCGAGGCACUCGGGCUAUCGCUGUCCGCGGGGGAAUCCUUGGGCAGCGAAUAGAUCUGAAUGUCCGCCCCCGUCUUGUUGAAGGUCCGAACACUCUCGAGCAGCAAUUCCACAUCCUAAUUGCCAAGAGAUACGAAGCGCAUCCAUCCACUGUCACGCAUGUGUGGCGUGUGGGCUUCUGGGGUGCUCACUUCGAGGUUGUGAAAUUUGAUGUCGAGACCGGGAAGGCCUUUGUCGAUAUGAUUCACGACCACAUCCCUGGAUAAGGACACGCACGUACACCAUCAGGGAUACAACAUGGAUGUGGCUGGGUGUGGGUGGGUGUGGCGCUGCUUACUUCGGUGACAUGAUGCUGGUGUUGCCGACACUGCGGAGCCCUCCAUAUCCGACAAAGAACGCAUCUGCAGGAGAAUGACGUGUCUCUCUGUGUAUGCACCCGUGUGUGUGUGGGUGGGGGGGGAGGGGGGUGGGGUGCACCUCGGUGUGUGCUUGGGUAGAAGAUGAAGAAUGAGUUGUCGAUGAUGAGCAGCCCCUGCAGCACGCAGACAGACACACGUACAGACGCAGUGGUGGAAAAGAUGGUCUCGUUGGCAUACACACCGGGGUCCAGCCAGAUUUGAUUUCGUACGACUUUGAGGUCUUCGGGGGCACCAUCUCGAGUAUCUCCACGCGAGCCGUCACCAAAUCAGCACCACCACCACCACCAGCAGCUGACACACAGCCACAGGGCACAAGUGGUCAGACAGACACCGCCCUGACCCAGCCUCCCCCUCCCCUUCUCCCAUGUCUGUGUGUGGGUCGGCCUGUGACCUACCGUAGAACUUGCCUUUGGAUUGGUCUUUGAUUGGCACAGUGGCCUGCUGUUGUAGUAUGUCCAUCACAUCCUUGACCACGUCCUGAUCAAUGACACACACCCCACAACAGGCGCAGGUGUACAGGCGAUGAUGCGUGUGAACCCGUUCCUUGCGUACCGUCUCAGGGUCCUUGAAACUGACGAGGAGGUUGGGCGUCUUCGACUCCUGGAAGUCCAAAACCAAGACCCUGCACACACACACACACACACCACACACACCACACACACACCACACACACACCCCACACACACACAUACACACACAUACACACACAAAUGUUCUGUGCAUGCUCUGUGUGUGCCGACGGUGUGCCGCUGUGUGUUGUGUGUCUGGUGCAUGUGUCGACUGUGGACUCACUGAUGGUAGUUUUCUUUCUUGGUGGAGAUGAUGUGGUAGUCGAUGGUGCUGAGUGAGUCGUAGGGGUACCAGAACGUCGCUGAACAUCACACAAACAGAGGCAGAUAGGUGCUGUGGCGUGUGUGUAUGCGCCCAUCGGUCCGUACGUGCGUGCGGCAGGCGCUGUGCCGGGAUGAACUCGAGUGCCUUGGGCUCCAACACAAAGUCACCCUGCGACCGACACACACGAGGAGAAAAGGGGAGGGGAGGUGCGUGUCUCUCUGUGCUUUGUGUGCUGGCUCGUCUCGUCUGCCUACUGAGGUCCACGUCUUGAGAUUUAUUUUGGCGACGUCCCCACUCUGGCUCGCCAUCGCCUUGUAGCUCCGACUGCAGUGCACGGGUAUAGACGUGUGUAUGCGUGUGUUCCGUUCAGGUAUCGGCAGGCCUUACUUGGGUAUCUGGUUGAAAGUCUCUGCAGGUGAGGGGGGAGACAGAUACACACAACGGCAAUGCAGCAGGGUGUGUGUGUGCACCAUCGUGGUGUCAUGUGUUGGUGUGCGUACCUUCCAGAGAGUCCUCGUCGGUCGCGGAACUCAGCACAUCUGUCGACAAGAGGGAAGUAAAAGAAAUGCAUGAUUUCUGCCCCUUCCCUUACCCCUCACCCCUCACCCUUCUCGAUCAGGGCCUUCAGCACCGAGAUCUGGUAGGUAGUCUUGAGCACGGCUGCAUUCGAAGACACAGACAUAGCAGCCCAUUGCAACACAAACACCACACGCCAAAUGUCGUCAGUUUGUGCCCACCCACCACUGAGGCAGUUGCGGAUGUUGAUGGAUGAGGAGGAGGCGCCCUGUUGAGCCUCCUCAGUCAGCACGGCCGAUCCACCUGUAGGAACAGACAAUGGGCAUCCUCUCCCGUGUAUGUGUCCCCCGUCCUCAUGUAACACAUCAAAUCCACAACAACACAGCCGCAUGCAGCAAAUCCCACCAUAGCAUCGCAUACCUCCAUUCGUGUUGGCCACAUCUUGAGCGGCAGCCGUUUCCAUCAUGGCCUGAGUGUGCGUGUUACCAGCCUCUGUGCAAAGGAGGAGAUCCAUUCAUCCAUCCAUCCAAUGGCAUCCAUCCAUCCAUCUUUCCAUCCAGCACACACAUGCCGCCAUUUCCAUGGAUACCCGUGAGCCCCGACUCCGAGUCCUCGGUCUUGCCUUCCCCCCCUUCGGCCACACCCUCAGUGGGCACACCUGUGCAUAAGAUGCACAUUUGCACAGGCCUCGCGGAGGGCCUCUCCUCCAGCGUCCUGUGUUCUCACCGUGGAGCUCGUCCUUCUCAGAGCUCGAGGAAGACGCCAUCAUGAUGAUCACAGGAGUAUGAGAACUCUUCUGAACGAAACCUUGAGAGAAC